UCUAUCAUCAUCAUCAUCACAAACAAUUACAAUCUGCAAUAUUUUAUUGAUCUGAGAAAAAAAUAGGAAACUGUUGCAAGCCGGUAUCAUCAACAAUGGAGUGGGACGGAGAGGACUGGAGUGAUUUGACGACGAAGAAGAUGAGUUCAGGAAAAGUGAUUGACGAAAGUGGUGGGCAUGUGCUGAGUUUAGCGAAAGUGCAGAGAUUGAAGGUUAUGGGGUCGCUAAGAGCUUCUGCUGAUGCGAAUGGGAAGGUGAAGAUAAUGAUUUCGAAGAAGGAGUUGGAAAAACUGUUGGAGAAGCAACAACAUGUAAAUAAGAAGAGAGUAGUGAGAGGUUCUGCGGAGCAAGUUCUUCUUCGUUUAAUGAACACCAGAGAUCAUGAAUCUGGUCGGGGAUUGUGGAUGCCUGCGCUAGAGACGAUACCUGAGUCUAGUUGAUCAUAUAAAAUGUUAAAAAUUUUACGUAAAGUUUGAAUUUCACUUUAUAAAAUGAUCGAGUUAGAUUUAAAGUUUAACUUUUAGGUAAUUGUAUAAAACAGCUAAGAAAUUAUGUCAUCUUUUUUCCCAAACAUUUUCAUGUAAAAUUAUAGGGAAGAGAAUGUAGGAUUUGUAUUUCAUAUACGAAUAAUAAUUACACUCCAU